GCUAGAUUAUUGGCGGUCAAGGUGUGACGCUCCCGUUACUCGCGCCGAUUAAUACCCACCCUCGAUUCCUGUCUUUACCACGAUUGUUCGUCCCGAGGAGACUCGGGGCCUUGAAAUUUUACCCACCACGGCGUCCUCCACACUGGCAUCAUUACAGGCAGAUAGCAAUCUGCCACCAAUCACCUCACCGAUCCCGACACGUACGGCAUCACCAGCAUUACCACCUAUCAGAUCAGUCAUGGAGGACGGCACGGUGCCGUUACCGGCAACCCUUGACCCAAUAUCACGUCCGAGUUCGACUUCUUCGACGACAGCCUCGGUAGCACAGCUUCCAGGUGUUUCCGCGUUGGCAGCCGCGGGAUCAGCAACUAGUUCGCCGCAAUUGAGAGCGACACAUACACCAGUUCCCCAAAUGAAUUCUUCUCCUGCAGCGCACGCUCCGACAGCGUCGGGUAAUUUGGUGAGUUAUCGAGCCUUAUUAUUUUAUCUCAGCACCUAUUCUUUCCUUUUCCCUUUUGAGCAUGACGCGCAUAUUAGUUUGAUAUUUUGGAAAUCGGGCUAUAUAUGCAGUGGAAGGGUUUCGACGCGGGAUAAGUCAUGUACCAAUAAGUGUACAGGUAAGGAGGCUUUCUUGCCUACAUCUGUAUGCUGUUGACAUGAAAGGUGGAAAUCCCCCCCCUUCAAUUCGGACGUGGAACUUUGGGAAAUCGCAGGUACCCUUGUAUAGACAAGCCAACUUGCCAGAAUUGCGGUACUUCAACUACUCCGUUAUGGCG